CCCGUAUAAAAAGGAUGAACCGCUGCUCGGCUCUUCAAUGGUUCAUUGGUAAUCCGCACUCUUGCUAUCCAACAGGAUCCGCCACACUUGCAAAGAGAUGUCACAGCUCCUCCGGAACAUCUGCAGCAUCAUCAAUGCCUUUGACAAGUAUGCCCAGAAGGGUGGCGCCUGCACUUCGCUCAGCAAGGCCGCGCUGAAGCAGCUGAUCCAACAAGAGUUUGCUGAUGUCAUAGUGAACCCGCAUGAUCCUGAGACGAUCGAGUCAGUGCUGUAUUUGCUGGACACAGACUGUGAUGGGAAAGUAGAUUUCGAAGAAUUCACCGUUCUUGUGUUCAGAGUGGCAAGGGCCUGCUAUAAGAAAACUCAGGAGUGCCAGGCUCCAUCGGAAGGUCAGUCCAAGAAGGGAGAAGGUUCCCAGCAGACGCCACGAGACGAGCAGGCACCAUGCCAAGACUCAUCCUGUCGACCCGCCCAGGAACAUCAGGCACCAAGGGAAGUGUCAGGCUGCCGUUCGACAGCACAGUCUCAGAAGGCAUCCCAAGAACAAAAGCAGGAGUCCCCCAAAUCAGGGAGACAGACUUGCCAACCCUCCGAACAAGAACAGGAUCUAAGCCUUCAAAGGUCACAGGAGCCUUCAGUAAGAGGCCCAGACCAGAGCAAGAUCCAAGAUCAAAUAGCAAGGCAGGAUCCAACUCUGGUAGCUCAGAGAGCACAGCAGGAUAGGACCCGGGGAUCUCAAACCCUAGUAGGGGAUUCCAGGCAUGAGUGCAUACAGAAGCACAAAAUAUCUGAUCAAGGACCGACUCAGGAACCUCAAAUAUCAGAACAGAGGUCAACCCAACAAUCAGUCCAGUCACGCCAGGGACAAGGACAGGACCGUAUUGGCCGACAAGAAGUUGAAUCCCCAAAACCAGAGCAGCAGCAGCCAACCUGCCAACCUGCCAGUCAGCAAGAGCAAAAUCCAAAUCAGAGAGAGACUCGGAGAUCACAAAGAGGAGAAUGGGAUGUGGCCGCUACAAAACCACAAGGAUCACAAGUAACAGAUCAAAAUUCUAGUUGUAGGCAAGUACAAGAGCCUCAAAACCCAGAGCGGAGGCAAGGAUGGCCAUCCCAAGACGAACAGAAGCCUAAAAUAGGAGCCCCAGUACAGGCCCCAAAUCGCCAGCAACAGGAGUCUCAGACACUGCGGGAGUGUCCAGCUCACCAAAAAGAACGUCAGUCUCAUGGUCCAAACCAGACCCCGACAUGCCGUCCAGAAUAUCAACAUCAAGUUCCACAGCAGACCACAUCUGGUCAUCAGGAACGUGGGUCUUUGACAUCAGAGCAGAGGCCCCGUCAACAGGAAUAUAGGCCACAAAAUCCAGACCAGACCCCAACGUGCCGUACAGAACGAGAGUGUCAGUCUCCCCAGCAGACCACAUCCGGUCGUCAGGAACAUGGAUCUUUGAUGUCAGAUCAGAGGCCCCGUCAACAGGAAUAUAGGCCACAAAAUCCAGACCAAACCCCAACGUGCCGUACAGAACGAGAGUGUCAGUCUCCCCAGCAGACCACAUCCGGUUGUCAGGAACAUGGAUCUUUGAUGUCAGAUCAGAGGCCCCGUCAACAGGAAUAUAGGCCACAAAAUCCAGACCAAACCCCAACGUGCUGUACAGAACGAGAGUGUCAGUCUCCCCAGCAGACCAUGUCCGGUCGUCAGGAACAUGGAUCUUUGAUGUCAGAUCAGAGGCCCCGUCAACAGGAAUAUAGGCCACAAAAUCCAGACCAGACCCCAACGUGCCGUACAGAACGAGAGUGUCAGUCUCCCCAGCAGACCAUGUCUGGUCAUCAGGAAUGUGGAUCUUUGAUGUCAGAGCAGAGGCCCCGUCAACAGGAAUAUAGGCCACAAAAUCCAGACCAGACCCCAACGUGCCGUACAGAACGAAAGUGUCAGUCUCCCCAGCAGACCACAUCCGGUCGUCAGGAACAUGGAUCUUUGAUGUCAGAUCAGAGGCCCCGUCAACAGGAAUAUAGGCCACAAAAUCCAGACCAGACCCCAACGUGCCGUACAGAACGAGAGUGUCAGUCUCCCCAGCAGACCAUGUCUGGUCAUCAGGAAUGUGGAUCUUUGAUGUCAGAGCAGAGGCCCCGUCAACAGGAAUAUAGGCCACAAAAUCCAGACCAGACCCCAACGUGCCAUACAGAACGAGAGUGUCAGUCUCCCCAGCAGACCACAUCCGGUCGUCAGGAACAUGGAUCUUGGACAUCAGAACAGAGGCCCCGUCAACAGGAAUAUAGGCCCCAAAAUCCAGACCAGCCCCCAAUGUGCUGUGCAGAACGAGAGCGUCAAGUUCCACAGCAGACCACAUCCGGUCGUCAAGACUGCGGCUCUUUGACAUCAGAGCAGAGGGCCCGUCAACAGGAGUGCAGGCCUCAAAAACCACAUCAGCCUCAAUAUUGCUAUCACGAAUGUGAGCCUCUAGGCCCGGAACAGGGCCAUUGCCCUCAAGAUAAGUCAGUACCUCAGGCAAGAGAGAACAACCGAAGCUGUGGGCCAACAGUAAUCGCCCAGGAUCCAAAAGAUUCUUCUACCAGACAGGCUUUGAGAACAUCAAGGCCAUCCUCACAGCAGAAACAGUUACAAUUCCCUCCUCCAUGGUCACCAAAGCAGUAAAAGCACCCCAGAAGUGUCAAAAAGGAAGCUGACAUAUCAAGAGGACCUUACGGAUGCCAUCAAGCCACAAUAUCUUCCUAGAGGGCUAUAGGCAUUCUGACGGGUUCCAAGACGUGCAGGUCUGUCAUAGGGGCUUAUUUUAGCAGCCAGACCGUAGUUUUAGAGUUUGUGCAUGCAAUAUUUUAGCUGUAGUUCUAAGAUAAUUCCUUAAGAGUAAGGUUAAGGUAGGGAACUAAUAUUCACAGUCUCACCCCCCCCUUCAUGCAGGACUAGAGUUACCAUUGCCCACCUUCCAUCCAGUGAAGAGCAGAAGGAAAAUGGGGGGAGGACAUCACUGAUGCUUUGAUGUCAUUUCCGGGUGAAGACUAUUUUCCAGGAAUAUACCAUAAAGAUUUGGGGGAAUCCUUGAGCAUCGUGGGUGGGUGGGAGAGUAUCACUUCCAAGUCUUCACCUGGAAGCAACAUCAAAGUAUCAAUGUUUCCUCCUCCAAGGCUCCACCCUCCAACUAUUUCUUGGGAUCACAGAUACGGGCAUGGUAACCAUAUGCAGGACUCAGCUAACUGUCUCUCAAUAAGGGUUGGCAGUUCUUCUGAGUCUCUGGCCCUGAGACUCGAGGGGUUCAUGGGAGGUGUCUGUCAAAGCAGAGGGGGUGGAGCCUAGAAGAGUUGAGCCUUCAAGGGCACCACUGGCCUUGAAAGUCACCACUUCCUCUUACAUUGGUGGAGUACCUCACAUGACUGAAGUUCUGGAAGAGCCAGCCCAAAGUUACGUUCGUUUGAUGUCCCACCUGUACAGUGGGAGAUCCUGCCCUGACUCAUACAAUCUGAUGAGCAAAAUGAAGUCAGCCAACACACUAGAGGUUGGAGCAAGAGGAGGGUAAACGAAAGCAUACAGAAAUGUUUCAGUGGCAUAGAUUACUUUACAUAGAUGCUUUUAUCUUCACCCCCUGCUUCUACAUGAUAGUCAAUAAAAGAACAUUCGAAUGAA